GGUACGAUAUUCCUAUGGAGGGUGCCUGUGAGGCGUCUUUGGCUUGUACCACAUGUCAUUGCUACGUGGAGAGCGACCACCUCGAGAAGUUGCCCGAGGCCACUGAAAAAGAGGAAGACCUCCUCGAUGAGGCGCCUUUUCUCAGCGUCAAUUCCCGACUCGGUUGUCAAAUCAUACUCGAGCCAGAGUUGGACGGGAUCGUUUUGCGAUUACCUCGAGCCACGAAGAACUUCUACGUGGAUGGACAUGUGCCGCAACCUCAUUAAAGCCCGGAGCUUUCUCCUUACCCUCCCAAGUUCCACCCUCUGAGGCUCCACCUCUAUUACCAAUCAUAUUCAAGCAGAUAGUUAGUGCCUUUGGACAGAGUCAUUCUUGGUCACAGCCAUUACGGGAAAUACCGAUUGUGGAAAUAAAUUAAGAUGCCAAAAUCA